AUGAUAUCCCCUGCACCGACUUAUGCUAGAGUAGCAUCUCUUUCUCAAUGGUCUUCCCUGUUCUCACCUCAAGGAGCCUUCCGCGCUCCGUCAGACCAAGGAAACACCAUCGAACAUCUCGACCUUGAUAUUCGUUUCGUCCCUUCUUCUUACGAAGAUAUCAAACAAGGCGAAGGAAUAGGACCUUUGGUUCUUCCCAACGUAUGUAUUUUGACACUUCGAGGUGGAGAAUAUUGUCAAGAUUCGGAUGAGAGAAUGGAGUUGUUAUUGGAGGUUUUAGAGAAUGUAAGGCCUGUGGAAGUUAGAUGGCUCAACGCGGCACAGGAGGCAAACGAACAAAGGACAUACUCCACCGUCUGCGUACAUCCCGUCAUCAUCGCUGCCGGUCAACGUUGGGCGGCGGAGGGUGUUUUGAGGAAGUUGAUGGUGCAGGGAGGAUUUCCAUGCCCGAACCUCUCGGCCCCAACACCAUUCUCCCUCACACCAGCUACAACUCCCUGUCCUUCUCCUGGUCCCACUCGAGCGACCUUUGGAAGUUUUACAGGUCUUUCAGGUUUAUCUUCCCUCCCUGCGCUAAGCACCACAAAGCCAAAAGUCAUUGAUGAGGCCAAAGCGCACGAAAGGGCUGAGAGGAAAAGAUUGGCGGAGUAUAGUUUGAAACCGAGAUUCGACUUUGCUUUCGCUUCGUGGGGCGUUGAGAUACUCGAAUGGAGCUUUGAGGGGCGUUUCACCCCUACUGGGAUCCAUACUAUCCUCUCUUAUCUCUUCAAAUCUCUCAACAAAUUCCUCAACGACUACCCACUUCCUUCACUCGCCAUUAUCUCGCCUAUCCCCGAUGGCAUCAUUCAAGACCUCGUUCACCUACCGGAAAUCCUUGAUAUGUCUCCCGAAGCACAGGAUUGGCUCCAUGAC